UGAUUUACUAGGGUAAGGGGCUCCCUCUUGAGCAAUUACAUACAUUUCAAGAGAGGAAAAAGCCAAAGAGCACAGCGGAUCUCAGCCACUGGAAGGAAAACAAGGAUGGAUCCUAAACCUAAGGGUUGGAGACUGGUGAAGAUCGAAGGAGUCCCCUUGGCUGAGUUAACUGCGAAGAACUGGAAUCAAAUAAAAGACUUCCAAGCUCGGCCUGAUGAUGUUCUCAUCUGCACUUUCCCCAAAGCAGGAACCGCCUGGAUCCAGGAAAUUGUGGAAAUGAUCCUGCAUGGAGGUGAUUCACAGAAAUGUGAUCAGCUUCCCAUCUACCAACGGAGUCCCUUCUUAGACCUGUUCCUUCCAAAACCCCUUCUCUCAGGUGUCAAAGAGGCAGAGGAAAUGCCCUCCCCACGGAUCCUGAAAACUCACCUGCCGGCCAAGCUCUUGCCACCUUCUUUCUGGAAGCAAAAUUGCAAGAUCAUUUAUUUGGCCAGGAAUAUCAAGGAUAGUGCUGUCUCUAUCUUCUGCUUCCAUCACAUAAACCACCUUCUUCCCAAUCCAGGAGAUUGGAACGAUUUUUUGGAGAAUUUCAUUGCUGGGGAGUGCACAUAUGGCUCGUGGUUUGACCAUGUUUGUGGUUGGUGGGAAGCUAAAGACCACUAUCCAAUUCUGUACCUGUUCUAUGAGGACCUGAAAGAAAACCCAGCCCAGGAAAUUGGAAAAGUAGCACGGUUCUUGGGUGUAGAACUCUCAGAAUUAGUUCUCAGCCAGAUUGUAGAACACACCGCAUUCAAGAGCAUGAAAGUAAACCCAAUGACCAAUUUCUCCACCCUGCCUUCCUCUAUCCUGGACCACACGGUGUCAUCAUAUAUGAGGAAAGGAACCGUAGGAGACUGGAAGGAGCACUUGACGGUGGCUCAAAGUGAACGUAUUGAUGAUAUCUGUGCUCAGAAGUUGAGGGACAGCGGACUGAUCUUUCGCACUCAACUAGAGAAGGAUCCUGCCUCCAUGCCAGACAGUGUGGACCCCACAUUCAUCAAGCGCUUAGAGCCAGUGGAGUUGGAGGGUGUCCCUUUGCUUAUUGACACUGUAGAAAACUGGGCUAAAAUAAAAGAAUUCCAAGCACAGCCAGAUGACCUUCUUCUCUGCACCUAUCCUAAAGCAGGGACCACUUGGAUCCAAGAAAUUGUGGACAUGGUCCAGCAGAGAGGUGAUGUCCAGAAAUGCUCUCGGGCUCCUGUGUACCAACGAAGUCCCUACCUGGAAAUGUUCCCCCCCAAACCCCUGCGCUCAGGCUUGGAAGAAGCAGAAGGAAUGCCUUCUCCACGGACGUUGAAGACUCACUUCCCAGUCCAGCUCCUGCCCUCUUCCUUCUGGGAACAGAAAUGCAAGGUCAGGAGGAGUGUCAAAAAGGGAGUUGCUUAUGGCUGCUGGUUUGAUCAUGUUCGUGGCUGGUGGGAGGCUAAGAAAAAUCAUCCAAUUCUGUAUCUUUUCUAUGAAGAUAUCAAAGAAAUGACUGAUCUCCAAUCAAAUAUGGAAAAUUUGGAUUCUAGCGCUAUCAGAAUUGUGCAACUAGUAGAUCUUGAAGGGGUUCCUUUAUUUGAUGACACAGUGGAACAAUGGGAGACAAUAUGGAACUUCAAAGCUAAACCUGAUGAUCUUCUGAUUUGCACUUAUCCAAAAGCAGGGACCACAUGGAUGCAAGAAAUUGUUGAUAUGAUCCGGCAUGGAGGAGACACAGAGAAAUGUGCUCGGGCCCCUAUCUAUGAACGGAUACCUUACAUAGAGUUAUGUGAGCUAAAACCUUUUCCCUCAGGUAUUGAACAAGCGGAAGCACUGCCCUCUCCGCGCAUACUCAAAAGCCACCUCCCUGUUCAUCUCCUGCCACCAUCUUUCUGGGAACAAAACUGCAAGGUCAUUUAUGUGGCCAGGAAUCCCAAAGACCUUGUAGUUUCCUAUUUCCACUUCAUCCGUAUGGACAAGACAAUGCCGCAACCAGAAAGCUGGGAUGAGUUUUUUGAGACAUUCAUUGCUGGGAAAGUUGCUUAUGGCUCUUGGUUUGAUCACGUGAAAGACUGGUGGAAAGCUAAGGACCAUCACCAAGUUCUUUACCUUUUUUAUGAAGACAUGAAAGAGGAUCUCGCACGAGAAAUCAAGAAAGUGGCCCAAUUUAUGGAUGUAGAGCUUCCAGAAUCAAUUCUGAACCGUAUUGUGAAGCACACAAAGUUUGAGAGCAUGAAAGUAAACCCAGCAGUGAAUUACACAACUAUCCCUGAUUGUUUAAUGGACCAAACUAUCUCACCUUUCAUGAGAAAAGGUAUUGUGGGAGACUGGAAAGAGCAUUUCACAGUGGCUCAAAAUGAACGCCUGGAUGAAAUCUGUGCUCGGUUAUUAAAGGACAGUGGCCUGAUCUUCCGUACAGAGUUAAUCACUGAAGCCAUUGCUUCAUGGCCUUUCUUUAAUGUGAAUGUCUUAGCAAUGUUUGACACCAGAUCCCAUCUAAUCUUGGGAGCUCAACAGAUAAUGGAUUUCCAACCAGGGAUGGAAGGUUUGGACGCCAACUCAACCAAGGACUCACUGCUGGUGGAUUUUGAUGGAAUCCUUUACCCCAAGGAAACCGUGAAGUAUUGGGAGGAAAUACAGAACUUUAAAACUCGGCCUGAUGAUGUUCUUAUUUGCACUUAUCCCAAAGCAGGGACUACUUGGAUGCAGGAAAUUGUGGAUAUGAUCCAGCAUGGGGGAGACCCAGAGAAAUGUGCUUGGGCCCCAAUUUAUCAACGUUGUCCCUUCAUAGGGAUAAGCUUUCUCAUUUCCAUCCCUACAAGCCUUGAAAAUGCAGAGGCAAUGCCCUCUCCACGCAUACUCAAAACCCAUUUCCCAGUUCAGCACCUACCGCCUUCCUUCUGGGAACAGAACUGCAAGAUUAUUUAUGUGGCCAGGAAUGCCAAAGACAACAUGGUUUCUUAUUUCCACUUCCACAACAUGACCAGUUUACUUCAGGACAGUGGCAGCUGGGAUGAGUUUAUGGAGAAUUUCAUUGCUGGGAAGGUUUGUUGGGGCUCUUGGUCAGAUCACGUUCAAGGCUGGUGGAAGGCUAAGGACCGUCAUCCAAUUCUAUAUCUCUUUUAUGAAGACAUUAAAGAGGACCCAGCCCGUGAAAUCCAGAAAAUAGCUCAAUUCUUGGGAAUAGAUCUCUCUGCAUCAGUUCUCAAUCAGAUUGUGCAGCACACAAAAUUUGAGAACAUGAAAACAAAUCCAUUGGUUAAUUACAGCACCUUGCCCACUCUGUUUGACCAAACUGUGUCCCCCUUCAUGAGAAAAGGAAUCGUUGGAGACUGGAAAGAGCACCUCACCCUGGCCCAAAGUAAACGACUGGACAACAUCUGUGCUCGGUUAUUUGCCAACAGUGGCCUUACCUUUCGCACGCAGUUAUAAGCACACCUCUGGACCUUUCACCUUCCUGGCAACACAUAAAGAACACUGAUCAUAAGUAAUCUGAGAAACCACAGCAAUGUCCAGCUAAACCAAAGUGUAUAUUAGAUUUCUCUCUCUUUUUUUAACUUCAAUGUCUUUGUAUUUUAACCGAAUUUUAGUACAUUCUUUACUUUAUUUCAUAGGGCAGGCAAACUGGCAUUGCAGCUAGACUGCUACCAAAGGCCUCUAUUGUACAAUGCCCUGUGCUUCUUCCCUGUGAUUAGCUUGUCCAUAUCUACUGACCAGUAAAAUCUGUCAUACCUCUCAAUCCCAUAAGGUUCCCCUCAUCUACCUUGGUAAAAUGGGUCCCUUCUUCUUCUUCUAUGCCAAAAUACCACCAAUAAAGUGACACCAUGGA